AUGACCAUCCCACGCUUGGAGUUGAGAGCCACUUUACUAGCCGCGAAAUUGCUCGGGACGGUAGCUACUGGCUUAGACGUGCCAAGCGAUCGGCAUUUUCUAUGGAGUGACUCCAGCACCGUGGUGGACUGGCUGGGCUCAGACAAACCGGUCAGCAACAGUCUAGUUGACAACUACAUCGAACACAUUCAAGAUCUCACUUCCCGUAAGGCAUGGCGUUACGUGCCCACUGGCGAGAAUCCAGCCAAUAUCGCAACCAGAGGCGCUUCACCUAUUGAGCUUCAGCGGAACUUGCUCUGGUGGCAUGGCCCGCCCUGGCUGGCGUUCCCCUCUGAUUCGUGGCUGGCUCCGCUCGAUCAGCGAAAACCUUCCACUGUCUCAACCGACUACGAAAAAAGCUUAUCAAGUUACCGUUUGUUCAACUAUACUGGAAGCGCACUGCGCGCCCUUUGA